AAAGCAGGCGACACAGCGCAAGCAGAGAGCAAGGGAGGGAGAGAGGAAGAGAGAACACGAGGAGAGGAGUCAGGCGGGCGGCAGUCUGGGACCGCAGCCAGCCUCUACCUGAACUCUCUUGAGCCACCAAAUCCCCAGGCAGCCUGGACGCCAGGGUCCCUGAGAUCUGCCCCAGUGAUGGACACCGGGAAAGUGGUUAUGUCCCCUCCAGUGUCGGGGCUGCUGGGCUGCUGGCUCCUCUGUGGCUGGGCUCUGGGGACUCUGCGGCCCUCCCACCCUCUGCCCUCGCUGUCCUCUGGAGUCAAGGCUGAAUAUGUACCUGUGCGGGUGCCCCCAGAGGGUGCCGAAGCAGCCCUGGCUUUUCUCUACUCUGGAGAUGCCCGACAGCUGUUGGGGACUAAUUGCAGUGUGCGUUAUGAAGCUCGGGGGGCAGAAGCCAGUCCAGGGGUCCCCCCGAUCCUAGGGAGGGCAGCAGGCACCAUUGCCCAGGCUGCCAAUUUCCUCAACAUGCUGCUACAAGCCAAUGACAUCCGUGAGUCAAGUGUGGAGGAGGAUGUGGAGUGGUACCAGGCGCUAGUCCGCAGCGUGGCCGAGGGGGACCCAAGGGCGUACCGGGCUUUGCUGACUUUUAACCCCCCACCAGGGGCCAGCCACCUGCAGCUGGCCCUGCAGGCCACCCGAAUGGGGGAGGAGACCAUCCUUCAGGACUUGUCUGGGAACAGGGUGCUGGAAGAGAUCCUCACCGGGACCCUCGACACUCCUGCCCUGCAGAAACGGGUGCUGACCAAUGACCUAGGGACCCUCGGAAGCCCCAAGUGGCCACGGGGAGAUGGAUACCUGGGGGACAUGCAGCAUGUGAGGCUGUCUCCUCCCUUCCUGGAAUGCCAGGAGGGCCAGCUUCGUCCUGGCUGGCUUAUCACACUUUCGGCCACCUUCUAUGGACUCAAGCCGGACCUCAGCCCGGAGAUCAGGGGGCAGGUGCGGAUGGACGUAGACAUUCAGAGUGUGGACAUCGAUCAGUGUGCCAGCGGCCCAGGCUGGUACUCUAACACACACCUGUGCGAUCUCAACAGCACCCAGUGCAUCCCUCUGGAGAGUCAGGGCUUUGUCCUUGGCCGCUACCUCUGCCGCUGCCGACCCGGCUUCUAUGGCACGAACCGCUCCGGGGGGUCAGAGGAGAGUGCCACCCAGCCCACUGAGCAAUCUGUGUCACCACGAGGCAGCUCCGGGAGGCUGCUUCGGUGCCAGCCAUGUGCCGAGAGCUGCACCAGCUGUAGGGAUGCCACGCCGUGCCUGGUGGAGGAGGCCUUGGCACUGCGGACAGCAGUGUUGGCCUGCCAGGCCUUCUGCAUGUCGUCCGUCUUCCUGAGCAUGCUGGUUUCCUACCGCUGCCGCCGGAGCAAGAGGAUCCGGGCAUCUGGAAUUGUCCUGCUGGAAACCAUUCUUUUUGGAUCCCUGCUGCUUUACUUCCCCGUCUUCAUCCUGUACUUCAAGCCUGGUGUAUUCCGCUGCGUUGCUCUCCGCUGGGUCCGGCUGCUGGGUUUUGCCAUUGUCUACGGCACCAUUAUACUCAAGCUGUAUAGAGUGCUCCAGCUGUUUCUGUCUCGAACGGCCCAGCGGGGCCCCCUGCUAAGCAGCGGGCAGCUGCUUCGGCGUCUGGGGCUGCUUCUGCUGCUAGUGCUGGGCUUCCUGGCUGUGUGGACAGUGGGGGUCCUGGAGCGAGGCAUCCUGCACACACCCCUGGUGACCCGAGGCCACACCUCCACGGGCCGCCACUUCUCCCUCUGCCACCAUGACCACUGGGACUACGUCAUGGUUGUGGCCGAGAUGCUGCUCCUGUGCUGGGGCAGCUUCCUCUGCUAUGCCGCCCGGGCUGUGCCCUCAGCUUUCCACGAACCACGCUACAUGGGCAUCGCCCUGCACAACGAGCUGCUGCUCUCUGCUGCCUUCCAUGCAGCCAGGUUUGUGCUGGUUCCCUCCCUGCACCCGGACUGGACCCUCCUCCUCUUCUUCUUCCACACCCACAGCACAGUCACCGCCACCCUGGCCCUGAUCUUCAUCCCUAAGUUCUGGAAGACGGGGGAGCCUCCCCGAGAGGAGAUGGUGGAGGAGGUGUACGAGGAUGAGCUGGACCUGCAGCGCUCAGGCUCCUACUUUGACAGCAGCACUGCCUCCGCCUGGAGCCAGCGCAGCCUGGACCCUGGAGACAUCAGGGACGAGUUGAAGAAACUCUAUGCCCAGCUAGAGGUCCACAAGACCAAGGAAAUGGCUGCUAACAACCCCCACCUGCCCAAGAAGCAGGGCAGCUGGCGCCAGGGCCUGGGCCGCUCCUUGGUGAGGUGCCUGGCUGAGUUCCCCGAGGCCCUGGCGCGCCAGCACUCCCGGGACCCCGUCUCCCCCAGCCUCCGCAGCCUGCCCGGCUCCUCCCGCCGCAGGCUCCUCAGCUCCAGCCUCCAGGAGCCUGAGGGGCCGCCAGCCCUGCGCAAGGCCCACAGCACCUAUGACCGCAGCCCCCGCAGGGCGCAGGACGCCCCUCUCCUCGACUCACUACCCAGGAGGAAGCUGGCCAAGAGGUCCUCCCGGACAGAAAGCCGGGAGUCAGCGGAGGGGCCGCCUGCCCUGGGCUUUAGGUCAGCCAGCGCCCACAACCUGACAGUGGGAGAGAGGCUCCCCCGAGCCCGGCCCGCCUCCCUGCAGAAGUCGCUCAGCGUCAUGGCUGGCUCCAGUGAAAAGGCGCUGCUCAUGGCCAGCCAGGCGUACCUGGAGGAGACCUAUCGGCAGGCAAAGGAGCAAGAGGAGAGAAGAAAGGCAGAGGCGGCCUUGGCGAGCCCAGCUCAGAGGCUGUCGGCCAGGAGGCUGGAGCGAGCGCGAGGACCACCUCUGUCGGCCCCACCUUCCCCUGCCAAGAGCAGCAGCAGGGACAGCUCCCGAGCCUCUGGGAGGCUUCCGGAGGGGGCUGGGGGAAGGCCGCCUCACCCCCCCAUCCAGCACCAGGUCUCCACACCCACCAAAGCCCUGUCCGGGGCUUGCCUCGGGGAGCCAAGGAUGCUUUCUCCCACUCCCACCUUGGCGCCAGCUCUGAUACCAGCUUCAGCCCCAGGUCUGGCCCCAGUCCCAGUCCUAGCACAAGUCCCAGUAACCCCCCAAAGCCCCAGCUUUCUCACCUUCAUCUGCCCCUGGGAGAAUGCAGAACUGCCAGUCAAGAAAGAAAAUGUGGCACAAGAAGGCUCCUUGGGGCCAGAGCAAGGCAGCCACUCCCCUGCCCCGGCUCGAGCCAGGCUCUGGAGGGCUCUCUCGGUUGCAGUAGAGAAAAAGCGUGCUGGGGACAAUGGGGUGAACACAGAGGACAGGCAUCUCCAGGGGGAAACUGAUAAUGUGGAGGAGGACAGGUCCAAGAUCUUCUCUAAAUCGCACAGCCUCAAGACCCCUGUUCAGCAGGGCUCUGUGCGCAGCCUGGGACUGGCCAUCAAAGCUUUGACCCGGUCUCGGAGCACACACAGAGAAAAGGAGAGCGGGGAGGGGAGUCCUGAGGGGGAGAAGGGCAGAGCUGCAGGAGAGGGAGUGGGUGCAUGCCCCAGAUCCCCCAGGCUCGGUGGGCGCAAGGUGAUGAGCAAGCAGGCGGCUCUCGCCCCCUGUGAAGAUGAGGAGUCCCUCCAGAACCAGCAGAAUGCUUAUACCAGCAGGAUGCUCCACGUCCGUCACCAGGAGGCCAGCAAGGAACAGGAUGACGGAGGCAGGAGGACAUCCCAGGGUCAAGGGGAGGGCAAUGCUGAGAAAGCCGGUAAAACAGAGCCUGCCACACUGAGGCAAGUCAGGCAGGGCACGGUUGGGGACAAAAAGGCUGAGCAAGCAAAAGAAGCCCUGGGAGGGAGGCAGGAACAGCUCAAAGCUGGCCUGCAGCCCGUGGGCAGUGCUGACUGCAGGGUGGCAGAGGUGUGCCCCUGGGAAGUUACCGCAUCGGAAACGUGUCUGCCUGACAGUAGCAAGGCUGAAAUCUGCCCCUGGGAGGUGAGUGAAGGAGGCCCCGAGAGGGGGCCACUGAGACAAGAUCCAGGUGACUCCCAAGAAGAGAGAAGGAAAGCCCCAGGAGAAUCAGAGCCCAAAGGUGUGGCUGCCAUUGCUCAGAAAAAGCCAGAGAGGCUGGUCAGGGAGCAGGAGGCAGUGUGUCCCUGGGACAAUGCCGAUCCCAGGGGCCCAUCCCCUCAGCCAGCCCCUCAGGGCUCUGAGCGAACCAAGGGCAGGUCGGAGGCAGGGGGCAGUAUGCAGGUCAGAGAGGUGGAGAGAUGUCCGCAGAAAGUCACAACUCCGCAAGCUUGUACACCCAACUUUGCCAAGGCAGAGCUCUGUCCUUGGGAGGCAAAUGAAGGAGAGAAUGAGAAGCUGUCCCAUGAGGGAGUGAAGGAACUCCCCCAGGAAAAGCAGAAAACCCCCAGGAAAGCGACCUUCUGGAAAGGACAGAAACCUGGCAGAGACCUGGAGUCUCUUUGUUCAUGGGAGAGCACGGAUUUCCGUGGCCCCUUAGCAAUCUCCACUGAGGCCCCAGGAGCCCCGGAGGGCUCAGGGAACCCUGCGGAGGUGUGUCCCUGGGAGGCAGAAGAGGCUCCCACCUUCAGGAAAGCAGAGGUUUGUCCCUGGGAGCUGGGUGCUGAGGUAGUGAGGAAGGAAACGCCAGCUGAGGGGGUGGGGGGAGAAUCUCUCCAAGGAGAGGGGCAAGCCUCCGGGAAGGGGCUCUUUGGAGAGAUGGGGGAGCAAAGUGGGAAGGCAGUGCAGACACCCAGCCCACGGGAGGGGUCAGUGUGUCCCUGGGAGGGCACAGCCCGUGGGCCCUCCAGCCCUCCUGUGGACGAUUCCUCACCCAGAGCUGGUGGCCAGCUCCUCAGCAAUGGAGGAAGCAGAGCCACGCAGGUAUGUCCACGGGAAGACCUCAGGCCAGAGUCGAAGGCAGCCACACCUGCCAAAGCAGAAAUCGGUCCCUGGGAGGUAAACGAAAGAACAGAGGACUGGAUAUCUCGACAGGUGCCCAAAGGAGAGGAACCUCAAAAGGACAAGGAGGAAAUGUCUGAAACAUCAGGAAUCAAAGAUGUCGCAGCUUGGGAAAAGCCUGAGGGACAGCUCCAGAAGCAGGAAGUCGCCUGUUCUUGGGGGAGUGCGGACCCUGGCAGCUUUCCUCAACGCAUAGAUAGGCCCCGUGCCAGUCUCCAGGUGUCAGGUGGGGCGGGAGGCCAAACCGCUGUCAUCUGUCCGUGGGACGUGGAGGACAGCCUGUCUGCUGAGAAGGCAGAGGUCUGUCCCUGGGAGGUGAGUGCUGGAGCAGGGGAGGGACACGCUUCGGGACUCGAGGCCUUGAGGAGGCCACCCAACGUCACAGAAAAGGAUUCUGCAGACUCUGGACCUGUGCGCAUAGCUGUUACUGCUCCAAAGAAGCCUGGGAGGCCGGCCCGGGAGCGGGAGGUGGCCUGUCCCCGGGAGAGCGUGGAUCUGGGGGACAACCCUCAGCACUCAGGCACUGUGGAUACUGACAGACCGAAGGCUGGAUUCCAGGAACUGGGCCUUGCGGGGCGCAGGCCAGCUGAGGUGUGCCCCUGGGAAGUGGAGGACGCGUCUGCCAGCGAACGGCCCCAGAUCUGUCCCUGGGAGGUGAAUGAAGGAGCGCCUGGGGAGGGACUGGAAGGAGAGAUGGGGAACGAGUCAGCAGGGCAGAGGGAGCGAAUUCCAGACAGGGGGACCCUCACCUCCCUGGAAGAAGGAGUAUCAAGAGGAGAGACAAAACUGAGUCAGCAGCAGGAAGCUGUUUGUCCUUGGGAGGAGGACUCGAGGGGACCCUGUCCUCGGGCCUUUGAGAUCUCAGGCUCAUCCUGUGGCAUGAGGAGCCAAGUGGUGGAGGAACGGUCCUUGGACGUCAUUGAUGAGGUAGCAGGGAAAGGGAACCUGAUACAAGACCCUAAAAUUGGUUCCCUCCAAGAACACAUAACCCAAGAAAGACCUUCAUCUUCACAAGCAGGAGGCCCUACUGAAGAUGGGGAAAGAGAAAAUGAGCUACAGUCCGUGUGUCCCUGGGAGAGCACCGCCCCUGCAGGCCCUUCCUCCCAACCCGGAAGUCACUGCCAUAGCCAACUGGUCAGUGUGGGGGGCGGGCACGCUGAGCUGUGCCCCUGGGACCCUCCAGCCCCAGCUGCUCAUCGGCCUAACGGCAGCGCCAAAGUGGAGGUCUGUCCUUGGGAGGUGACUGAAAGAAUCCCUGCAGAAGGAGUGUCGAUACAGAACGGGAAAGGGGGCGAGGGGAAAGCCUCAGACAAACCUGAGCCCCUAGUUGGGGUAGUUCGGAAAGAGCCAGAGAGGGCAGAUGGGAAACAGGAGGCCGUGUGUCCCUGGGACGGUCAGGAUGGCCGAGGUCUGUCUCCACAGCCAGCCCCACGAGCUUCUGACAGAAGCAAAGUCACUUCGGAUGCAAUAGGCAGCGUGGAGGCCAGGGUAGCAGAAGUGUGUCCGUGGGAAGCAGUAGAGGGGCCCUCAGCCAAGACAGCAGAAACAUGCUCUGGGGAGACGAGUGAAGCAGAAGGGGAGGAAGGUGGCCCAGAACAGGCGGUGGAGAGAAAGCCCCAAGGGCAGGGAGAGCUGCUCCUUCAAAAGGCAGGGUCUGGAGGGACUGAAGAACACUUCUCAAAAGCAGCGGCAAAGGGCAGCAGGGAGCAGGGGAGGGAGGGCACGGGUCUGGGGGGGCUCUCCCCCCAGCCAGAUGCUCUGGGUGCAGACCAGGACACAGUCAGUGCCCAUGGGGCAAGUAGUGUGGGGAGCAGGAUGGCAGAGCUGUGCCAGUGGGAAGUCACAGAUCCAGAAGGAAAUAGAAUAAAGGGGACCAUGGCAGACAUCUGUCCUUGGGAGGGAACUGGAGCCUCAUCUGAAGAAUCCGGCCUCCUGGCUUUAACAGCAACCCAGACCAAAAUAUGUUUCCCCGGUGACCCUGAGAACCCGCCAUGCCUUUCGGUCCAAAGACCUCUGGGUUGCUUCCUUCCAGAAAGCAAAAGCCCCCACCCCAAGGUGAGCAAGCCAACCAGUUCUUUUAUUCUGGGAGAUUUCAGAGAAUUCCAAGGACCUUCAGGACUUGGGCCAAGGACCAGUUUAACCUCAGGGCCAAGUCUCCAAGAAGCUGAGGCUCGGAAUUCUUCUUCCCUAACUGAAGACAGAGGAGAAGUGGCUUCCAAAGGGACACAUGAAGAACUCAUCCCUCCAACUGUCUAUCCUUGGGACUGGGAAUAACAAUUCCCAGUUUAAACUGGGAUGAGGUCAAACACAGGGUGGCUGGCUUUCAACAGCCAAGGUCCUUUCCA